AUGGCUUCUUCUCCUUCCACAAAAGUGUCCAUGAAGCUUCUUAUAGACACAAAGAACCAAAAAGUUCUUUUUGCUGAAGCUUCAAAGUCUGUUGUAGACUUUCUGUUUAACCUUCUUUGCUUGCCUAUAGGAACUGUUGUUAAGCUCCUAAGUGCUAAUGGCAUGGUUGGUAGCUUAGGCAAUCUUUAUCAGAGUGUUGAGAAUCUCAACCAGAAUUACAUGCUACCUGACCAAACUAAAGAUGUUCUCUUAAACCCAAAAGCUCAGAGCUCUUCAACUGAAAUCUCAGGCUUCCUUACCGAGAAUGAUGUCAAAGAUAACCAUGGCCAAGAACCUAAGUUAUACAUGUGCACAAAUAAAUGUAAUUUUCAGGUGACAUAUAAUAACAAUCUUAAAUGUCCUGGCCGUCCCGGGAAAUAA